UCUCUCAGCAGCAAGAAAGAGCAGAAAAGAAGAAAAAAUCACCAAAGAUUGUAACUUUUUAUUCGCCUUAAUCGGUGACUCUUUUACAUCUGCAAAUUAAUGUUCAAAGCCGAAACCUUUAUUUCCUCAAUCAAAAACCUAAUUUCACAUCCCCAAAUUCAGCAUCAACAAUGGAGGAGCAUAGUGAAGGUGAGGCUGAAAUGGGUAAAAAAUCGGAGCCUCGAUCAUGUCAUCGACAUCGAGACCGACCUCAAAGCGGCUUGCCUCUUGAAGAAUGCUAUAAAACGGUCAGCGACCGGUUUUCUUACGGCCAAAUCAUUCGCCGAUUGGCAAAAGCUCCUUGGCCUCACUGUCCCCGUUCUUCGCUUUUUGCGCAGGUACCCUACUCUCUUUGAGGAAUUCCCACAUCCGCGAUAUGCUAAUCUGCCUUGCUUUCGGUUGACCGGUACUGCACUCUUGUUAGAUUCACAAGAGCAGAGCAUACACAAGGCGAAUGAGAAUGAUACAAUAGAGAGGCUUUCCAGGGUGCUUAUGAUGAUGAGAAGUAGGACUGCACCUCUUCAGUCCCUUCAUUCUUUGAAAUGGGAUCUUGGUUUGCCGGAUAACUUUGAGAAAGUGUUAAUCCCGAAAUAUCCAGAUUACUUCAGCUUUGUUAAGGCACCGACCGGUGUUUCAGCUUUGAGACUUGCAGGGUGGCGUGAGGAAUUUGCUGUUUCGGCAUUGGAAAGAAGUAACGAGGGUGGUGAGAGGGGUGAUGAGUACAGGGAAUUUAAGAGGGGCCAAACCACAUUGGCAUUCCCGAUGAAUUUCCCAAGGGGUUAUGGUGCACAAAGGAAGGUGAGAGCUUGGAUGGAGGAGUUUCAGAAGCUUCCCUACAUAUCUCCGUAUGAAGAUUCACGGCAUAUUGAUCCGAAUAGUGAGCUGAUGGAGAAAAGGGCUGUUGGUGUAUUGCACGAAUUUUUGAGCUUGACAAUCCAUAAGAAGACCAAAAGGAACUACCUGAGAAGCUUGAGAGAGGAACUAAACAUCCCGCAUAAGUUUACUCGAUUGUUCACUAGAUAUCCCGGGAUCUUCUACCUGUCGUUGAAGUGCAAAACAACAACUGUGGCUCUCAAGGAAGGGUAUAGGCGGGGAAAACUUGUGAACCCGCAUCCUCUUGUUCGUAUAAGACAGAAGUUUUAUCAUGUAAUGAGGACUGGCCUUCUUUACCGUGGUAAAGAUACGAAUUUGAUACCCCGGGAAGACGUUUUGCUUAAAGACUCGGAGAAUAGUGUGGAAGACAAAGAGGAAGAUGAAAAUGAAAACGAAAACGAAGAUGAAGAUGAAGAAUAUGAAGAGUUUGGAACAGGUGAUGAAUACGAGGAGGAGACCACCGAUACAGAAGAUGAAUUCGAUAAAAAUUAACGGUCAUUACCUUGACAGGGUCCUCCAUAUUGCAGCCACAUUGAAAGGGAAAGACGAUCAAAACUUGAGGUAUCAGUUAAUAGGAUUCAUCUCUAAGUCUAACCUUAGUGCGAUUCACAAUAUCAAACGACGAUUAUAUGGUUUUUGGCAUGUUCCGAUGACUUGCUGCAUAAUGUCUGGUUGACAUUAUUGCGAGUGGUAAGAUUUUCCCAGUCUUUUAAUGGUAAGCAUGACCCUUGUUUAGAUUUUUUUUUCAAUGCUAACAUGACAUUGCCCCUACUUUGUUGUG